ACCUAAAUCCUUUAGCCCAAAUCUCUCUCUUUGUUUUUUCUUCCAUUAGAAAAACGGUACAUCUCAAAGGAAACCCUAACUAAAACCAGGCCGUCGUCAUUCUCAUACUGUUUUCCUCAUCUUCUUCGCUCAAAUCUCCCAUUAGAUUUUGAGCGAACAUGACAGGAGGCGAACAAACUGUGCUGCAGUUCCAUCCUUCUUCAACAAGCCUAUCAGCAAAAGUUCAUCCAGUAGUUAUUUUCAAUAUCUGUGAUUGUUAUGUUAGGCGUCCAGAUCAAGCUGAGAGAGUAAUUGGUACACUUCUUGGUUCGGUUUCUUCUGAUGGUACUGUUGAUAUUCGCAACUCUUAUGCUGUUCCUCAUAAUGAGUCCUCUGAUCAGGUUGCUCUGGAUAUCGAUUACCAUCAUAAUAUGCUGUUGUCUCACCAGAAGGUUAACCCUAAGGAAGUCAUUGUUGGAUGGUAUUCUACCGGCUUUGGAGUGUCAGGUGGUAGCGCUUUGAUCCAUGAGUUUUACUCCAGAGAAGUACCAAAUCCUGUUCAUUUGACUGUUGAUACGGGAUUCACAAAUGGUGAAGCUAGUAUUAAAGCUUUUGUUUCAGUCAACUUGACUCUAGGAGAUCGCCAGCUUGCAGCUCAGUUCCAUGAAAUUCCUUUGGACCUGCGCAUGAUCGAAGCAGAACGAGUUGGAUUCGAUAUUUUGAAGAGCACAAUGGUGGACAAGCUUCCCAGUGAUUUGGAAGGAAUGGAAGCCUCGAUGGAGAGACUUCUUUCCCUGAUUGACGAUGUGUACAAAUAUGUGGACGACGUAGUGGAACAACGUGUUGCUCCUGAUAAUAAGAUCGGGAGGUUCAUAGCCGACACUGUUGCUUCCAUUCCAAAAAUAUCUCCUGGAGCUUUUGAUAAGCUGAUCAAUGACAAUAUUCAGGAUCAUUUGCUACUACUGUAUUUAUCUAGUCUCACAAGGGCACAACUCGGUUUAGCUGAAAAAUUGAACACAGCUGCUCAGAUCCUGUAACUUCAUCUAAUACGUAACCCCUUUCUCCGUGGACACCAGUUAAGCUUUGAAAUUGGUAGUUUUAAAGGCUGAGUAUUUUGGUAUUGUCAACGAUCAUUUGUGCCCUAGGUCUGUCUAGGGAGACAUCAUUUUAAUUACGGCUAGACGUGUAAAAUUUUGUCUGAAUUUUUUGAAGAGAUGGCGGGAGGACAUAUUAUCCCGAAGGAUGUUCUGUCAUGUUACUGUAGUUACUAUCGAAGAUUUUCAAAUUGUAGUGGAUGGAUAUUAACUCUUAGUGAUGUUGCGUUUUGUUUUUUUGGCCUUGUUGCAGGGAAUUUAUUUGAGGAUGUUUCUGACA